AUGGGGGCAGCUGGGUCGCAGGCGGGGGCCCGGCGGGUGGAGGAACGGCGUCGGAGGCGCCGGGACUUGGUGAUGGUGGCGGGGGAGCGGGUCCCAGUAUCGCCCGUGUCCCUCUUCACUCGCCCUGCACAGGCCAAACGCACCAAGAAGGUGGGCAUCGUGGGCAAGUACGGGACCCGUUAUGGGGCCUCCCUCAGGAAGAUGGUGAAGAAGAUUGAAAUCAGCCAGCACGCCAAGUACACUUGCUCCUUCUGCGGCAAGACCAAGAUGAAGAGACGAGCCGUGGGCAUCUGGCAUUGUGGCUCCUGCAUGAAGACGGUGGCCGGGGGAGCCUGGACCUACAACACCACUUCUGCCGUCACAGUCAAGUCUGCCAUCAGAAGACUGAAGGAAUUGAAAGACCAGUAGAAGCGCCACCAUUUGAAACGUUGCUAGCCUAUAAUAAAUGGGUUAAUUUAUGUAACAA